CUGCUGCCUCUGUAGAACAAGAACUGCCUGACCACACCACAACUGGGACUCUCUCGCUCUCUCGCUCUCUCGCUCUCUCACUGGGAUCCACUGGUGUCUGUCGCUAAUACAAACCCUGAGGAUUAAAACAUAAAUAAGGCCAUUCGGGACAACUUGUGCAAAGUGUACUUUAGUAAAAGAGCGGAUAACGAAGAUGACCCGAGUGAUGACUUCGUCUGUGUGCAGGGAUGUGCUGGCCCUGGUGCUGUUCUUCGCCCUCAUGCAAGACGGUCUCGGACUCCCCUUAUCAGAGCCUUCGGAGUCACCGACCCAGAGCGCGCCCCCGCCGCCCCACCGCGUCAGGACAAAGCGCUGCUCGUGCAACAGUUGGCUGGACAAAGAGUGCAUCUACUUCUGCCACCUGGACAUUAUCUGGAUCAACACCCCGAGUCAAAUGGUCCCGUACGGCCUUGGCAGUCACCUGUCCCGCCGCCGCCGUCGCUCGGCCUCACGCUGUGAGUGUGCCCAAGGACGGGCCGACACGACCUGCUCCAGCUUCUGCCACCACAGCUCAGAGAAGCCUCAGGCUGUCAAGGCACCAACGAAAACCAACAAGAACAGCAGCAAAGGCUCACUGCUGUCUUCGUUAAGAUCUGUAGUCCACCACAACGCUGCCAUUGCCCAGAAGUCCAGGCCUGUGGGCAGAGGCCCGUCGGAGGCCAAACACUGGGGAGCAUGAUGGACAGCUAGAGAAGCACCCUCAGGAAGGAUAAGACAGAGCAAGCGCACUUUAUAUCACUGACACUUAAAAGCCUUUUGUUUUAAAACUGAAACACUUAUGGACCAAAAGAAUACUCCAGUCACCGGACCAACCUUGGCACCACAAUGAUGCAGCCUUUUGAGCCUGCAGCCGCCUAGAAUCAUGUGUGUUGCCAUCUUGGAAGUUACUUUAGUGCAGAGCGAAGAAGAGACUGACGGAGACGGGAAGAGAGGCCAAAGGUCCGUCGAGUAUCUCAUCCAAAGGACUUGAGACCACUCCUCACUCCACGUUGGAGAUCUGGUUGGAGGCAUCCGUUACCACGGAGACCUAGAGCGCGCCAUAUGCUGCUGUGGUGGGGUGGACUUUUAUGGAGUUAUUGCUGUCAUAACCAGCAUUGUUUGCUGGGUCGCCUUUUGUUAUUUUUCUUUUUAUCCCUCUGUAUCAGAGCGGAUCCCAUAGUCCUGCUCUCAAGCAGUAGUUAAAUAAUAACUGCAAUAAUAACUAACGAGCAUAAAGACUGACUCAUCAUCAGGAAAUAACAUUUAGGAUUCACACACACACACACACACACACACACACACACACACACA